AUGCCCGGAACGCGCACUGCACUACUCUCCGAGAUCACCGCUUGGAUCCAAGCCCCUUCCUCAGAAUCAUGCAAAAUCUACUGGCUGACCGGACUCGCUGGCAUCGGUAAGACCGCCCUAGCCAACUCGGUUGCAAUCAUCGCUGCUGAGAAAGGAUGGCUUGUGUCGUCUUUCUUCUUCAACCGGAUGUCGGACGAGAGGAACAAACCGGCCAGAUUCGUCACCACCCUAGCGCGAGAUCUGGCCGGCAGAAACACGGGCAUCGCGGACGCCAUCGCCGUAAGGCUCAACUACGACGUCGGCUUGCGAACAACGCCUGAUAUUGACAGACAGUUUCAGGAGCUCGUGAUCGAACCAUGCAAAAAUUGGAACAGAUUAGAACCAGCUGUAUUCGUGGUCGAUGCUCUCGAUGAA